AUGAGGGGGAUCGAAGUGGGUAAUGAUCUCUUUAAUGGGCUAUUUACAGGGGUUCCAGAUGAUAAAUGUUCAGCAAAAGAGAAAGAAGAAGCCGGAGCUCAGCAUCUAAAGGCCCUUUGGUUGUACCUCGGUCAAGCGAUAUUUGGUCUAGCAUCAUCGGGAUACCUUUCCCUCGGGAUCAGUUAUAUGGAUGAUGGCGUCCCGAGGAGAAAGGCACCCUUAUAUCUCGCGGCCAUUCUCGUCGUGACAUCUUUGGGAGCUUUCAUCGCUUUUGGUCUAAGUGCCUUCAGCCUGUCUUUCCAUACGGAUUUCUAUAAGAUCAACGUUGAUGAAUUAGGCUACGAUGAUAGAGAUCCAAGGUGGAUCGGGGCAUGGUGGCUCGGCUAUCUCGUCUAUGCCGGGCUUUUCGUCAUUCUUGCCGUACCGUUCUUCUUCUUUCCCAAGGAGUGGCCACACCUAUCACAUGAUAAUGAAAUUGAACUCCAAACCGAACCCAGGUCAGAGGAUCCAGUCCAUGGCAGCGUUGAAGAAUGCACCGUCGUCAAAAACGGGGUCGAUGCACUGGGUUCUCAGAUCAACGGUUUUACCAAGAAGGGGAAAGGUUAUAAGAAGUUCGAAAACGAAAGUACUGAUGCUCCUAAGCAGACACCUGAUGAGAAGGGCAAUUGUGACGACGAAAACGAGCCGAGUCUUUUCAGUUUUUCUUCCAUCACAGGUUAUCUCUAUGCCCUCCGACGCCUCCUUACAAACUUUACAUUCAUGGCCAUCGUUAUGGGAUCAACAAGUGCUGCUGCUAACUUCAGUGGAUACUAUACUUUUAUUGGUCGUUACCUUCAGACAGAGUAUGAUAUAACUCCCGCAGAUGUAUCCAUAAUAUUAUCUGGCGUGACGACGCCAACGUCAGCAGUCGGCAUAAUACUCUCGGGAGUGUUGAUAAACAGAAUGGACAUGAAAGAGAGAGGGUUAUUGAACUUUGCUGCACUCGGCAAGACCAUAGCGAUCAUUUUCAUCGCCGGAAACUUUGCCAUUUUCUGCAGCAAGAAUCUAGUGGCAGGUGUGACCGCGCCCUACCCCGGUAGCGAUGUGAUCACUUUGGAGCCAGCACCAACUUGUUUGGAUAAUUGUGAGUGUGAGAAAGGUGUUUAUACUCCUGUUUGUGGAUCUGACGGUCUUACCUACGUCACACCUUGUCACGCUGGCUGCACCGGGAUUCGUGAGAAUGAUGAAGGAGAGACGGUCUACACGAAUUGUACCUGCGUUUCACCAACCUCUACCGCAAGCACUCUCUUUGAAGAACCCUUGACGGCCGUGAAAAACCAGUGUCCAAGAUCAUGUCGCGCCAAGAUCAUCACUUUCAUCUGCCUGUAUUGUGUGUUCUCAACAGCCCAAUCUUCGAUGGGUAAUUCCGUCGUGAACGCCAAAUUAAGGGUCGUUGAUAAUAGGGACAAAGCCUUAGCUAUGGCUCUUGGAAGCUUCUUCAAUAAAGUUUUAGCCUUCAUCCCAGCUCCUAUCUAUUACGGCCUGGCAAUACAGUCAACAUGUGCAAUGUUCCAGGAAUCCUGCGGAGAGACUGGCAAUUGUCUCAUCUAUGAUACUGAUCACUUUGCAAUGCAUUUCUGGAGUCUAUUUUGUGGCCUGGGCACCACUAUCAUUUUGUGCUACUUGGUUGCGGCGUAUUCUCUUCGCCGGAAUGAGAAGGGAGAAUACAUCCCCCUUCAGUUGUGUAAAACCCAGCCGGAGCAGAGUCAGAAAGAAGAAAUCAAAUGAACAUCUGAAUGGAAUGGAAUGAUUGAGAUGACAUAUAUUUUUAAUAUACAUGACUACAUGUUAAAGAUUUGUUUUAUAUUAUCACAAUAACAAGCUACAUGUAUGUGAUGAAAAGCUCAAGAAUAAAUGUAAUCAGCCACCCCCAAAACAAUAACAAUAUUUUCCUUUGAAAAUGUAUCAGGUUUUAAUGCUCUUGUUGAAAGGAAAUUACACCCUAAAAAAUUGGGACUUCAACGGAGCAUAGCACUGAAAUAUCCUCAUCAAAGUAGGAUGUAAAUUAAAAAAGUGAUUUUCUUAUAAAAUUACUGUUAAUUUCACGAUACUGGUCUACACACAAUCUGGACAGUAUGCAAAUGAGGAAAGUAAUGUCAUAUACUCAGCAUUUCAUUUGUAUUCUAAUCAAAUGCGAAUUAUUAAAUUUUUUCUCUUCAACAAUGUAAAAUAUCAUAACUUCUUUAGCAAUAUUUGAUGGCACUUUCAAUAUGCUAGUUUGAUUUUCAUUUCACAUGCUAUGCUUUUGUGUG